AUGGCGUGGUCGAUUUGGCAAGUCUUCAGACCAAAGAUAGUGCUUGGAAGCGGGGUCAGGGUCAGGCGGAGGCGCAAUCUUUGGAAUCUUGCUAAAGGGCCGCUUAUUCUGAUUCUUGUUACCUUCGCAGGCUUAUGGUUAUCUUUCCGUGUUCUUUGGAGAAGAGGAAGUGUUCCGGCCAAUUUGUCAGUCUAUCCCGAUGUUCAGAGCAUCAAAGACCAUGUAUUUGUCCCUUUCGAUCCCCACCAACGGUUAUUCAAUCCUCCACUCAGUACCCGAGGCCGAAAUAUUAUCGAUAAAAGCCGCCGACGGAUUAAGCUCAUAUCGGUAAAUUGGUAUGGAGCCAGCGACACUUUCAUGGUACCGGGGGGGCUUUCCCUCCAAAAUCGAAGCAACAUAGCUCGGACCAUUCGUGAGCUUGGCUUCAACAGUGUACGACUUCCCUAUGCCGAUGAGAUUGUUCGCAAAAACCCCCUCAUCGAUCCGGUUCACUUGACGGCCAAUGAGGAUCUGAUUGGAGGAAGAGCAUUGGAUAUUUAUGCCGCCGUCGUGCAGGCCUUGACAGAAGCCGGACUGGCCGUGAUUGUGAACAACCAUAUCACCAAGGCAAGAUGGUGUUGUGAUGGCUAUCCUUGUGACAUGGGCUGGUCCAACAGCGACCUUGGUCCAUUGUGUCCCGUGCGGCAGUCGGAAGAAGAUUGGAUUCAAAAUUUGGAAACCAUCAUGCGACCUCACAUCCACAAUCCCGGUGUCGUGGGUGUUGACCUUCGAAAUGAAGUUCGUGGACCUUCCGGACGGUAUCUUUGGGACCGAUGGGCCGCUGCCGCGGAGAAAGCUUCUGAAAGACUGCAUCGACUUCAACCGGAGUGGUUGAUGAUUGUGGAGGGAGUGUCAUCUGCCAACGACAUUACUGGUGCAGAAGAUCGACCGGUUCGCAUUCGACACCCAGACAAAUUGGUGUAUUCAGCCCACAUAUAUGGAUGGUCAGGAUGGGGAACAUUGGUUCCAUAUUGGUAUCGCACAUAUAAGUCUUUUGCCGAGGAUAUGGACAAGAAUUGGGAAUAUUUGCGGAAGACCGAUACCGCUCCAGUGUGGAUUGGUGAGAUUGGAGCACCAAAUCAACCCGGCCGAAGAGACUAUCAUUAUUGGAGAAAUUUGAUGCGAUAUUUACGCGAAUCCGAUGUUGAUAUUGCAUAUUGGGCAUUGAAUCCGCGCAAGCCGAAGAACAACCAGGCUGAAUCAUAUGGCCUUUUGGAGGAUGAUUGGAAAACUCCUGUAUAUGAUUAUAGGUUGAUGGAUAUAUCGAAGCUGCGACCGAAGGAGACUUAA